AUGGCGGCAGGCGGGAGCGCCGGGGGAGCACUGCUUUGCAAUACAGAGGAGCUGGAUUCAGAAACCCAAAUGGAGGAACAGGAAGCUGCUGGAGCUGAAUCCCAGGAGGGUUUGGAAGGCAAAGCGCCAGACCUCCACGUGGUUCAGAUCGGGGCCACCGGGGAGUUGCUGGAGGGGGCUGUGCCCCCCCAGCAGUUUAAGCAGGAGCCCGAGGACCAAUGCUGGGAAAACCAAUUACAAGACUUCCUGAAGACCAUGCAGCCCUCCCGUUCGGGGUGGAGGAACCCCCGGUCCCCUCACUACAUGUUAGGGGAAGACUCCAAGUAUUGCCCAACCUCCUUCAAGAGAGCAGAAGAAGAAAACCAGUGGCCGAAAGUAGAGUGCGUAUCUGAAACCACACUGGGUGACAGGAAACCCUACGGGAGCAGCCAGGAUUCACCCGUGAAGGUGAAGGAAGAAGUCCUGGACGAGGAUCCCGUCCACAUGGAGGUGCGGAGACAACGGUUCCGUCUUUUCUGCUAUGAGGAAGCCGAAGGGCCCCGGGAGGUUUGUAACCAGCUCUGGGAGCUGUGCCAUCAGUGGCUCAGGCCGGAGACCCACACCAAGGAGCAGAUCCUGGAGUCGCUGAUCCUGGAGCAGUUCAUGACUGUCCUGCCCCCCGAGAUGCAAAGCUGGAUCCGGGAACGGGGGCCGGAGACCUGCACGCGGGCCGUCGCCCUGGCUGAACGUUUUUUGCAAGACUCCGAGGAGCCGGAGCAGAAGGUGUCAGGAACUUUAGAACAGGGGUUUAAUUCUCCCAAAUCGGAUCAUUCUUCGCCUCAUGUCCUGAAGGUGCAGCUCCCUUUGGAAAAGAAGCAGGAGGAUGAUUGGGAGGCCACUUUGUCAGGGAACGAGCAAGUGCAGGAAGAGGGAGAGGAGGAGGAAUCUUUCCCGGCCAGCCAUCCUGAACCGACAAUUAGUGGUGGGUUAUCCCUGGAAAGAGCCGCAGGGAAGGGUUUCCAAGGCCCCGAGUCGGACGAGAAUCCCGAAGGUCACUCCGAAAGCCAUCCUGGAAAGGUGACCAAACGCUUUGAGGAGAGCAGCAGAGGCGCCCGGGAAAGCUCCUCUCAGGAGGGGAUUCCCCGGCACGUCGACUCGGGGGAAAGUUCCGGCAAAAGCUUUGGCCCUCAGGAAAUUCAACCGAUGGAGAAACCUCACAAGUGCUCGUUCUGUGGGGCCAGUUUCUAUGAGAGAACUCACCUCAUCAUCCACGAGAGGAUCCACACCGGAGAGAAGCCCUACAAGUGCUCGGUCUGCGAGACGUGGUUCUCUCAUCCUUCCGAGCUGAUGCGGCACGAGGAGACCCACAUGCCUGAGAAACCGCACAAGUGUGCUGUCUGCGGCAAGAGCUUCAACCAGAAAGCCUCCCUCAUCACCCACGAGAGGACGCACACGGGGGAGAAGCCCUACGAGUGCUCCGAGUGCGGGAAGAGCUUCAGCACCAGCUCCCAGCUCAUCACCCAUAAGAGGGUCCACACGGGGGAGAAGCCCUACAGUUGCUCCUACUGCGGGAAGAACUUCAACCAGAAGGCCUCCCUGAUCACGCACAAGCGGACGCACACGGGCGAGAAGCCCUACGAGUGCACACUCUGCGGGAAAAGCUUCAGCGCCUGCUCCCAGAUCAUCAACCACAUCCGGGUGCACACGGGAGAGAAGCCCUACGAGUGCCUGGAGUGCGGGAAGCGUUUCGGCAGCAGCUCCCACCUGACGGAUCACAAGCGGACGCACACAGGCGAGAAGCCGUACAAGUGCCCCGACUGCGGGAAGAACUUCAGCCGGAGUUCCAACCUUACGGCUCACAGCCGGAUCCACACAGGAGAGAAGCCAUAUAUAUGCUCAGGUUGUGGCAAGAGCUUCAGGCAAAAGGCCUCCCUCAUCACCCACAAGAGGACUCACACGGGGGAGAAGCCCUUCGAAUGCGCCGAGUGCGGGAAAAGCUUCAUUUCCAGUUCUCGUCUCGUCAGCCAUAAACGGGUCCACACGGGGGAGAAACCCUACGAAUGCUUAGAGUGCGGGAAAUGCUUUAUCUCCAGUUCUCACCUUCUAAGCCAUAAAAGGGUCCAUACGGGAGAGGAACCUUUGAAAUGCUCGUAG